AUGGGCCGGCCGCAGGGCUACAAGGGCUCCAAGUUCCAUCGUAUUAUCCAAGGAUUCAUGUGCCAGGGUGGUGACUUCUUGAACGGCGAUGGUACUGGUUCUAUCUGCAUCUACGGAACCUCCAAGUUCGCAGACGAGAACUUCAACCUGAAGCAUGACCAGCCAGGCUUGCUCUCCAUGGCCAACGCGGGCCCCAACACCAACGGCUCCCAGUUCUUCAUCACCACCGUCCCCACCCCCUUCUUGGACAACAAGCAUGUGGUCUUCGGCAAGGUUGUUGACGGCAUGGAUGUGGUCAAGAUGAUGGAGGCCACCAAGACGGGCUACCGCGGUAAGGAUCAGCCUAACCAGGAUGUCGUCAUUGCCCAGUGCGGUGAGAUGUGA